AUCGCCAUAACUUAAUCCCUAACUCUAUCACAAAAUCUAUCAGAGUGAGAAACCAGAAUACGAUUUGAUCACCUUGCACGUACGUUACUUUGAGGUUAACGAAUCCCUCCCCCUCUCUCUCUCUAAAAGAUUCUUUUUUCUUCUUUUUCAAUUUGUGAUUGAUUGCAAAUGAGUUUUUAGGGUUCUUCUUCUUCUACUUCUUUCUAGUCACGUGAUUGAUUGCAAAUGAGUUUUUAGGGGUCUUUCACCCACAAAGAAACGUUCUUGGAUUGAGACAAAGUAAUGGAUUUUAAAGGUAUAACAUGGGUUGGUAAUGUCUACCACAAGUUUGAAGCAAUGUGCUUAGAGGUUGAAGAGAUCAUCGUCCAGGACACGGCUAAAUACGUUGAGAGCCAAGUUCAGACGGUUGGAAACUCUCUCAAGAAGUUCUGUUCCGAUGUGGUUCAAGAUUUCAACCCCGAUGAGACUCUGGAUUCGGAGAAACAGUUACCCGUUUCUAUCUUACAUGAAUACGCUCCUGUUUGCUCUUCCUUCAAAAAGAAAAGAGAUAGCAUGAACCAACAAACCAGAGAUGUGAAGCAAGAACAAGAAGGGAAGAAGGAUGUAUUUGACGUGAAGUUCCGUGGUGUUGAUGCAGAUGAUUAUGAUAUCUGUACUUCUCCUAGGCAGUAUAGUUACGGAAGUCCGUACAGAAGAACACAGCUCGGUCGCAAACAAGUCACACUGAAAGACUCGAGUAGUAUAUCAUCAAUGGUUCAUAGAGCUCGUGUCAAACAUGAUGUUGGAACUGUGAAGUCAAGUGAUCCUCCUCCAGGUGGAGUAGUAGCAAGACUCAUUUCUAAAGACAAGUGUCAGAAAGGUGAUAGAAGCAAAGGUCAACACGGUCUAAGAGUGGUUGAUUCUGUUAGAAGCCAUGAGUCAGAGCUUAGAACCAAAAAUGACCACGGUCUUGGGGUGGCUGAUUCUGUUAGGAUCCAAGAUUCAGAGAUUCAACCAUCUGUUGCCACAAGCUUACCUGCAGGUUCUGAUGAUUGCAGAAAGGAAACCGAUGAAGACUCGACGCAAACUAAAUUUGGGUCGAGUUCUGUCUCAGAGUCAGAGCAGAAAGCAGAGAUUCUUCAACAGCUUAGUGGAAGAUCAGUUGAAGAAAGCUGUAUCAUUGUGGAUAGAGACGAAUUGCAUUGUGUUUUCUCUGACAUGAAGGAGAAUGACAAACACAAACCUUACAAGAAGAUCAGGGACGCAAUAUCUUCAAGAAUGAAGCAAAACAGAGAGAAAGAAUACAAGCGACUUGCCCGUCAAUGGUACGCAGAAGAUGUUGAAAAUGGUAGAGAAUGUGGCGACAGUUCGAAACAGAUUGAGGAAGAUCAAUCACCAGAAGAAUCUGAAUGGGAGUUCCUGUAAAAAAAUGUUUAUGGUUACACAUAUAAUGUAAGUAAAUUAAGCACCACUAUCUUUGUAUAUAAAGAAUGUAUAAGCAAAACAUAAGAAGCAGCUUAAAGCUAUGAAUCAAGGCCCUUUAUCUUUUAUCAAGUUCUUGUGUAACUUCUUUUUAUGAUUGAGUACACGUGUUUAAUUAAAUGUUUAUGGGAGAAAGUCUUUCCCAUUGUUGUAUAAUAAUUAUUUCUUCUUGUCU